AUGGCAAACCAUAGGAAGAAAUUCAUUGAUCUGGUGGAUAAGGCAAUUGCUGUUGGUGACACAAUGGACCAUGAGGAUCUGCUUUUUUCUUACAACGGGAUUCUCUACCCCACAACUGUGUGCAGUCCUGAAAUAGUCAAGGCUCUUGAGUCCUUUGAAGCCAGGCAGGAGGAUGUGAUCCUAGCAGGGUAUCCUAAAACCAGUACCAAUUGGGUUGGCCAGAUCUUAACUGACUUGGUAACAACAUCUGCAGAAAAUAAUGAAGAUGAAACAAAUAGCCUGAAUGAUGAGGAACUGGAAGAAUUUCCUUACCUUGAAGUUGGAGAUGCUGAGAAAUAUCAGCAAAUGGAGAAAUUAUCUUCUAGAAGAGUUAUAUUUACUCAUCUCCUUCCGCACAAUCUACCUGAGUCCAUCUUGAAAAAUAAAGCCAAGAUUCUGGUGCUUGUUCGAAAUCCUAAAGACAUAGCUACAUCUUUUUACCAUUUUACCAAUGGCAUGUCUCCACUUCCCUCUUAUGAGACCUGGGAUGAGUUCUUCACAGCUUUCAUGACUGGAAAAAUGCCUUGGGGCUCCUAUUUUGACUACAUUUGUGAAUGGAGCAAGCAUGUUGAUGAUGAAAAUGUUAUGACAAUAACCUAUGAAGAACUGAAAGAGAAUCAGACUUUAGGACUGAAAAAAAUAGCUGACUUCUUUGGGUUCUCCCUGAGUGAGGAAGAGAUUCAGACUGUUGUAGAGAAGAGUGGCUUCAAAGCUAUGAAAGAGAAAUCCUCCAAAACUCAUGGAACAUUUGGGAAAAUCAUCUUCUGUAAAGGAACGGUUGGUGACUGGCAGGACCAUUUUUCUGAAGCUCAGAGUAAAGAAAUGGACAGAAAAUUUGAAGAGUGUUUAGCAGGAACUAAACUGGGAGAAAAGAUGAAAUAUGAGUUGUAUUGCAAGGCCUAA